UGGAAAUCUGAAGCCGGAAGUUGCCGUGAAUCGUGAAGUUCUGGGGGAAGCUGCUUGGUCAACUCAUAUUCAAAACUUUGGUCAGACUUAUUUAACUGCUGUCUUUACAAGCUGAAUCUGUAGUUUCCUGACUGCUCCUGUUCGUACUGGUUUCGUGGCUUCCAGUCGAGUGUGAAGUGGCGUUUAAAGUGCUCCUCAUGGCAUUAUUUUGGGCGAGAGAGCAGUAAUUCGCAGAGCCCUGUUGAUCAGAUCAGCCAGAGGUCGCAGAACUGCAGUGUAAGCGGUGGUCUCUCAGGACUGUAAGAUGACGGAGUAUAAGUUAGUUGUUGUGGGAGCAGGUGGUGUUGGGAAGAGUGCUUUAACCAUCCAGCUCAUUCAAAAUCAUUUUGUGGAUGAAUAUGACCCUACUAUUGAGGACUCUUACAGGAAGCAGGUGGUGAUUGACGGUGAGACGUGUCUGCUGGACAUCCUGGACACUGCAGGUCAGGAAGAGUACAGCGCAAUGAGGGACCAGUACAUGAGGACAGGAGAGGGUUUCCUCUGUGUCUUUGCCAUAAACAACCUCAAAUCCUUCGCCGAUGUGCAUUUGUACAGAGAACAGAUCAAGCGUGUAAAGGACUCCGAUGAUGUUCCCAUGGUCCUAGUAGGGAACAAGUGCGAUUUGGCCAGAACGGUGGACACCAAGCAAGCUCAGGAACUUGCCAGAAGCUACGGCAUUGAGUUUGUAGAAACUUCUGCCAAGACCAGACAGGGGGUUGAGGACGCUUUUUACACCCUCGUCCGUGAGAUCCGACAUUAUCGCAUGAAAAAGCUCAACAGCAGAGAAGACAGGAAGCAGGGCUGUCUGGGUGUGUCCUGUGAAGUCAUGUGACUGCACUGCCUCCCCCUUUGUUUUUUGUUUUUAUUAGCAGUGUGUUGACCAGGCAGCUAGAAGCCACGUGACUGCGUGUGUGCAGAGUUCGCCCUCUGCUGGCUGAAAGGGAUUCAUGCACAACUGGUCAUCUUUCCUGUUGGCCUGCUGUAAUAGAAAAAUGAGGCCUUUGGACAUUUACAUGUUUAAACAGAGGCUCGUUUGUCUCAUUUAGUACUUGGGUUUUCCCUGUUCAUUGGGAAGAAAAAUGUAAACAGGCAUUGAGUUCUUCUUUCUUGGCUUCUGAGCUGUUAUGAACACGACAACACAUUGGCGUUGAUGAACAUAAAUUCUAAAUUGCAGAAUGGUGCAUCUCAUAAAAACAUGCCCACGUUUCACCACAAAAUUUUAAGAAUUCAGAAAUUAUGUAUUGAAGCUUUUUUCACGUUUUAAAAUGUUCAUAGACAUCCCUCCCUGAAAUUCUCCUUGUAAUGCAUCCAAAUGUUUUAUUUUUAAUUCCCAUUAUUCUCAUUGGUGAUACCCAUUGUUGUGAUGCAGUACAUUUUACUGUAAUAUAGCUUAAAUAUACUAUAUAUGCAUAAAUACUUCAGUUUUUUUCUCUAAUGAGAAUUAGAGGGAGAUGUGCUUAAUUGUCAGAAAAUGUGACAAAAGUCCAAAAACUUGUAAUAGUCUUUAUUAUCAUUAUUAAAAUUGUCCACCCAAAAUCUCAGACCUGAAAAGAGAGAACAUGAAAUGCCCUUUAAUCUUAAUCCGAAGGGUCAAUGCUCAGGAAUACUGUGAACGCAGAAGAUCUUCAGAAAUGUAUGGGAUAUUUCUAUUUCUUUCUUUCCCUUUAGCCUUUCUUUUCACCCUUUUUUAUUUUUUGUUGUAGCCAAAGAGAUUGUUUAGCAUUUACGUUUACCAUUUUGUCUCUCAUACUGUAGUUCUUCACUCUAGACUCUAGAGUUUCUUUUAUCCUCUUUGCUGUCAGAUGUUAAUUGCAUAUUUUGACAUAUAAUACAUAAUGAAUAGAAUGACUUGGUUUAGAUACAGAAAAUCAGAUUUCCAACAUGGGAUGUGAUGGAUCUUACUUAAAGGGCCUUCUGAAUCUUGGUGCUGCUGGUGUAAAGCACAUGCCAAAUCUGUGUGCCACCUUCUGCGUCCUGUACAGCAUGACAUCUUUUAGUCCAUGUUAAAUAAUGUCUUAAAUCUUCAAAUGAAAGCUGUAAAAAUGCAUUUAGCUGGGAUUUUAACAGACUACAGUAAGGUUUGCUGCAAUGUUUAUUUUCAAGUCUGUUCUUGAAAGCCAGUGAAGGUUUAUCAAGACGUUAAAACUAUUAUUGGUGUUGACUAUUGUGUUAUUUAUAAGGCAUUUAUAUGAACCUGUGCCUGAUUUCAUUAACAGUGAAAUCUGUAAACAUGUUCCCAUUAAUCGUACUGUGUUUGCGUUUGGCCUUCUGUCUUUGCUUUAACAGAGGCAGGAUGUUUUCUAUAGAAUACAAACUAAGUUUGCCAUUACAUUAACAAUCCUUUCUUUUUCAGCUAUAUGAAAACUAUAUUAUUAUAAUUUUUUUUUUACUAUCUUAUUACUAUCUCAGACUUUCUUUAGUCAGAAAAUUGUGAAACAAACAUUUCAUGUCUUUUUUUGGGGUGGAAAUUUGUUUAUCCGAUGUUUAAUGUGCCUAUCAUAUUACAACAAGUUUUACCAGUAAAUUAAUUGAAAACUGA